CCUCGCCAGUCUUCUGCCAUGGCUGACACGAUUUUUGGCAGCGGAACGGGCCAGUGGGUGUGCCCCAAUGACCGGCAGCUGGCUCUGCGUGCCAAGCUCCAGACGGGCUGGUCGGUGCACACGUUUCAGACUGAGAAGCAGAGGAAGAUGCAGACUCUGAGCCCACAGGAGCUUGAGGUCAUUCUGGAAGUCAUCCGCAAGGCAGAGAAACUGGACAUGAUGGAGCAGCAGCGCAUCGGGCGCCUGGUGGAGCGGCUGGAGAACAUGAGAAAGAACGCCAUGGGGGAUGGCCUCUCGCAGUGCCUGCUCUGCGGUGAGCUGCUCGGGCUGCUGGGCAGCAGCUCGGUCUUCUGCCAGGAUUGCAAAAAGAAAGUUUGCACUAAGUGCGGAAUAGAAACCUUUGGAGCCCAGAAACGUCCUCUUUGGCUGUGCAAGAUCUGCAGUGAACAGAGAGAGGUUUGGAAGAGGUCUGGUGCAUGGUUCUACAAAGGGCUGCCAAAGUACAUCACACCUUUGAAGAGCAGCAGCAAAUCCAGUGAGCUGCCCACGCAGCCUUGGCAAAGUGAGCCAGCGGUGCCGGAGCCAGAGAGCGUUGGUGCCAGCAGAUCCUUCACCUGGGCCAGGGGAAAAGUGGUUUCUAGCGACAGUGAGAGCGACUCGGAGUUCAGUUCCUCCAGCCUGGAUGACAAAUCCUUACCUGGGGGGUCAAAAGGCUCACGAGGCACAAAGCACCGAGCAGGGCUGGCACUCAUCGGGGAGCCCAGCCAGGCCAUGGGCAGAGCCCUGGGGAGCACCCAUUCCCCUACCCUCUCGGGGAGCCGCAGCAGCCUGGGCAGCGAGCAGGGGGCUGCCCUCAGUGCCACAGAGAGCUGCCAGAGUGACCAGCUGGCUGAUGGGCGUGACAGCGAUGGCAGCAGAGUCCUUGAGAAGCAGCUCCGCAUUGUUCGCCGAGCGUGA